AUGGUCGGGGAAACCCCGAGUCGUUCCCUCAAAGAUCAAACCAGAUCGAACGUGCCAGUCGAGCGACCCGGCGAGACGAUGGACGGGGGCCGCGGCUUCUCCUCCGCCACGAGCUCCACGCCAAACGAAGCCUCUCGUGAUACAGAUGGAUUAUGUACUGAACGCUUGCGUGUCGACACACGGCUGCGCCAGCAAUCCGCCGCUCCCCAGGAUUUCUUUGCGUCGCUGGGCGUGGACACAACGUCGCGUGGCCGCACGGGCAGUACCAGCAGCAACCGCAGUCAUAGUAGCAGUAAUAGUACGACGUCGGUAAUGCGGCCAAAGUCUGUAGCAGGUAAAGAGUCUGCUACACCGACGUCUGGAUGGCGCCUUCCGACAAUUGGCGGGUUAGGAAGUCAGAGAGCGGCGCCAUCGUCGCCUGCCCCGUCUGCUGUGGGUUUGUUAAGUGUGUCAAGUGUCAACAGGAACGUGGUGAACGCUGCUACUUUUACGAGCUCGUCAAGCACCAGGGGUGAGGAGGAUUCCAUGACCACUAGCGUUACUUCAGGAAGUACCACUACACUGCCAUCUGGAUCUGAUGGUGGGGCCAGACCAAGUGCAGCACCGACGCAGCUGUUCUCGAUGGAUGAUGUGGAAGAGUUGUUCAGUGACGAUGGAUGGCAGUGCGACUUGCCGCCAGUGGCACUGUCGGACCCGACAGACGAGACGGAACUGGGAUCAAUGGCGUCGACAGCAGCAGCAAAUGCGGACGACCAUGUAACGUGGUUGGAUAGUGACGAUGCGUCUGCGUCGUCGGUUGCCAAGCCCGUAAAAGUGCGCUCAGGUCUAGAUGCAGUGCAUGCUGGCGGCCGUACAGAAGCGACCUUUGGAUCGGUCACUGACCAAGCUGCAGCUGCAUCGAGCGAGCAUGAAUUUGGUACGAACAAUGUCUCGAGUGCCCAAGUUCCGUCCGGUGGAAUGAAACCGCCGUCUCAAGAUGCACGGACUGAGGUAGCGACUUUGCCGCCUCGUGCGGUAAAGUCUCCGAGUUCAUUUUUCACGGAGGGACCACAGAGCACAUUCGAGAUAUUGAGUCAGAGCGGUACACAGCAAACGAGCUUAUUUGGAGCUUCACAGGUGACAUCAUUUGCUGAAACCUCCGCUACUUACAAGCCGUGCCAACCAGAUGAGCAGUCGGACUAUGGAUGGGGAAACCAGCAGAAGGAGUCUGCGACCGCUGAGUCGAGACCAGUUGCGGCGGUGGAUUCUUCUCCUCCCCAUACGACGGCUACCCUGACUGCCACAACAGGUCAGACGGAUUUGUAUGUGACUCCGCCAGUGGAACUGACUAGUCCCGGUGGAGCUGCUGGUGAGUUUUGGGGAGGCGGUGAUGAAGACGAGCUGUUUGCCCACGACGACUAUGUCGAGGAGGAUUGGAACGGGCCGAUUGAGGAUAAUCCAAACGCGCAUGUGAAUUCAGCUUCGCGCUCUAGUGAUAGUGUGAGCUAUGGGGAUUCGGCUACGCCCACCUCACCCAGUCGUGAUACCUCAUAUUCGCUUUCGCGUCAAACGCAAUCACCUUCGUCCGGCUCUGCCUUUGAUGUCCGAAGCUUGCCAAAGCAUUCGAAACAGCACAACCAGAUGGUGGGACGUUUAAUGGAGAGUACUCGGGCGCCCACAAUGUCUUAUUUGGUCGAGUCCAAUUCAACAGCCUUUGUUGAAGAAAAGUCUACAGUAGCCGUUCACUCGGCGGAGAGUGACCAAUUUGUGGAACCAAAACUGUCGCUACGUACCGAGCGCUCACAGUUUUCGAGCGCGAUUGCCGAGUCGAUGAACCAUGACAACAAUCUCAACGUCUUUCCGGAGGCGCCGCGUAGUAGUGCUCGAUUUCUCCAUACCCCAACCGGUACGGGCGGACCAUUCGGACGUGUACCCUCUCCCCACGGCACUGGUCAAUCGUUCUUUACAGAAGAAAUGUCUGGGAAUGUUGCGCGCAUGGCCGUACACAACUCGAUAACCUUUGCUUCUGAAGAAAAGGUCGAGAAUUCGAAAUCAUAUACUGAGUCAAGUGUACGAAUGAAAUCACAUUCUGGUGAGCACGACCAAUUGAAUUCUGAGGACCAGCCCAAUGAAGGCGAUGAUAGAUCUCGUCGUGAAAAUUACAACAGACAGAGUGACGAAGAGGAACGGGAUUCUGUCGUGUCCUUUUCAGGUGAAAAAUCGUUUUUUCUGUCGACAGGACGACCGUCCUCAACGUACGGCGGAUCACAGUCUUCCUUUGCAAGUCACCGUAUGUAUCAGUCAUCAAUCGCAAGCACUGAUCACGACGGAAGCUCGAUAGCCUCUUUUGGGGUUUCUUCUGCUGGUGCCACGUUCGGCGGUUCGGAACGAGUCAGUGAAGGUGGUGCCUAUUCGGAUGGGGCCGUUUCAGAAUCACCAAGCAUGGUGAAUUCAUCUAAUGCUAGCACGGCUUUCGGUACGGAUUUUCCGUCCGCAAGUGAAGGGCAGUUCUCGGCCCCUGGGACGACGAUCGGUGGCUCAGACAACGCCAGUGACGAAGGGUUUUCGGAUGGCAACGCAUCUGAAACAACAAGCAUGUGUGAAUCUGUGCACACAAACUCGCGAUUUGUGACGGAAUUCAGCAUGUCGGGUGGCGAGUACGCGAGCGUCGGAGCAAUCGAACACCGCAGCAUGCCGGGAGUGUAUGCGUCAUCUGCCCCAGAAUCUGACUCGGUGGCUCCAUUUGGGGAAGCUGCACCUACUGCAGCAGCGACAAACUUUGGAGGCGAUGAUGGGCCUGCUGACGUUGAUCCAUUCACCAGUUCACCUAGUAUAUUUUCCUCCUCAGAACGCGCGUCAAACGUUCCGCUUGUCACUACUUUGGGGAGCUCGGGAUUUGACCACCAGCCGGAAGUCACUGUGCUGGAAGAGAACAUUCAGAGUGCUGCUUCGCUAUUUGGCGCUACUGCCGGAGCUGAGAUCCCGAACCCGUUUGGCUCUUUUGGUCAAGCGUCUGCUCCGGCUGUAGCGACGCCUACUGGAGAGCACGAACUGCCGACUUCAGAUGCUGGAGACCUUUUCGGCGCAGUCGUUCCUUCUAGUGGUUUUCAAAGCUCUUUUGCUCAACCGGCACGAAGCGCAUAUGGCUUGACUCAGUCGUUCGGCCAGGCUUACAACAAAGCGGGCAACGGAGCACGUACUGACACCAACACCCAGACCUCAGCAGUUGACUUUGUGCAGAGUCCAUUCACGUCAGUGGAUACACAUGAUCGAGACGUUUCCGUAAGCCCUGUCGGCACCCAACGCUUUGUCGAUCAGAACCGGCUCGAUCCAUUUGCAUCGCGAAGCUUGGAGCACAGACUCGAUAACUCGGCAAUGUCUGCCGAAAGCAUGUUUAGUUGUGGUGGAGACUAUGGGCACAGCUCGAAUCCCGACCGUCGUGCCUCGUUACACUUUGUUGAAGAUCUGCAGACCCCAGCAAAUGCUGUGUACAGCCGACCUGCUAGAAAUGCUACAUCUGUAGAUGGUCAUUUUGGGCAACAAUCCGACGCACCUAGCACGCCGCAUAGUGCAGACCAGAGCUACGGUGAUUGUUCAACAACGUAUUCGGAUCAAGCUUUGGUGGGUGCAUUAAACUACGAGAACCAGUCAGGCUCAGGCGAUGGUGCUCGUACUGGAGCCAACACGAUUCGUACUCGGCCUUAUGGAAAGAGCGAUGGUGAUACAGCGGUUGCUGAAAGCGCUACUGCAUAUGAUUCAGAAGGGCUUCGACAAUCAGAUUACCAGUCAUUAACGGCUCACAACGCACGCCAACGUGAAGUCUGUGGCCUCGGUAGACGGAGCCACGCUAGUCAAUUGACAUCACAAAACGGUUACAGUCAGAAACCUGCGGCAACAUUUGCCAGCGCCGGCCAACCUACUCGAUCGCACGGUAGUCAACAGAUUGGGCAAAGUUGCACUACAGGGUCUUCAACCAAGUACAGUUAUCGCUCCACGGCGGAAGAGGUAGGCAGUGGCAGCCAAGCGGCACCGUCACGUGCUGGACGCCAGCACAACAGAUGCGCGCAUAAUGGCAGCGACGCUGCCAUUGGCAGAUCUGCUGAUGUCGGCGAGCUUUCGAGGCCGUCUCCACGUGCAUUUUUUGGGCAUCCGUCUAUUGGCCCGUCGUCUGUGUCCGAUGUUGGUGAUGAUCGUGCGAAACCCCUACCAUCGGGUACAACUCAGCAGCAACCGCUAGUGCAAACCCGUGUUCAGGAGUUGUUUGUACGGGAAGGAAGCAACGCAUCGUCUCAAGCGGAACUACAACAUUCGCGCUUGCCGGUAUACUCGACUGCGAUACAAGCCCCGAUGCACUCACGUGACGCAAAUGCCUCCUACGAAUCGGUGGGGGAUGCCAGUCUAUCGCGCUAUGCAUCCAGUUCUUCCAUUAGUCACUACGAGGGUGAACGGUCCUUCCGGCCUGAGAAAAACCUGCGGGAGGAAAGUGCCUCGGUUUCUGCAUCCGUAGAUGCGAAUUCAUAUGCUGGCGGGGUGCCUUCUGGGACUGGUAUCGAAGCGGCGUCACUGCUUUCUGACAGCAGCGUAUCUAAAGAUUCUUCUGAGUUGCAUAUACCGCUUUCUCAAGUGUCUACAAUUAAUGAGUCAAGUAUGGGUGUGGUAUCCCAAUUUGCAUCACCACACCAGGAUUUUGUGCAGCAGCGCGAGUGUGCGCAGCCGAGUGACCGGGAGCUCGAGAAUGCUACCGUAAUCGCUCCAAAGUACUCGCAGCCCGUGCCGGCCGUAGAAGCGCGAUCAAGGCCGGGUGUUGGUAUGAUGACCGCUAUGGCGCCCCCGGUGGCUAAGGACGACGAUAAAUGCUAUCAGGGGCUCGAGAGACGUUGUGAUUGGGGCUCUCACUCUGUCGGCGGUAAUGCAUUGUCUGUCACCCUAGCGUCUCCAGCAUCGCGGACAGCUCCCUCGAUGUCAAACCGACUCGAGCACAUGAGUUAUGGCCAGACGUCAGAACGGCUGCAAGAUCGAAUCCGCCAUAGUGCAGCUUCCUCUUCACACUCCUCGUAUCUUGGUGCGCAUGCGUUUGGAGACAACUCUGCAGGCAGCUACUUUGAGUCAUGCGCACCUGGCGAUGGUACAGCGGCCGGUCAUGCACUUUUUCAGCAGCAGCAGCAGCUACAGGAACAACAGUACCAGUCGCAUCAACAGCAGCAACAGCCCCAACUGCAUCAUGUCGUCACGGAAUACACUGAUCCGGGUUCUGCUGUGCAAAAUGAACUACAAGGGGCAAGCUAUGGUGCUGCGAGUCAACACGAAUACGAGAAUGCUACAGCGGAUGGAAGCUACCAGCAAGCAACUCGGGCUGCCCCGACUUCUGCCAUAAAAAUCAGCAAUGAAUACAAGGACCCGUGUGUCGCACCACCGUCGUGUCUGGCGUCAUUCGGUUUUGGUGGCAACAUGGUGACCAUGUUCCCUAAGCGAAAAUUGCGCUUGAGUGUCGCGGGAACCAGCGUUUACGAAAGUCCUCGGGGUGCACCUAUACCGUCUAAGCUUGACAACGUAGGUGACAGCAAAUGUUGCAUAGGACCAGUGCACGUGUAUCGUAUGAACCAGCUGCAUCCAUACGACGUUGAGUUUGGGCAGAUGGACGUAUUCCCGGGACCACUGACAGAAGACGUGUCUGUCGAGGAGAUAUUAAGGUAUCUUGAUGACCGACUCAAACGAAGCGAAGCUCUUCCGAGUACUGUCGAGGCUGAGGACGAGAAUGACCGAGUCUUACUUGGUGUGCUACGUGUCUUGAUCAAAUGCAACGGAAAGUUGCGCUCUGAGCCAGGAAAUCUCAACCCCGGUGUGCCUGAUACGCCAGAGGCUCAGUUGAUUGCGCUGCUUAGCGAAAGUAGCAAACGACGUAAUGGAUCUAAUCCCCCAACUUUUCCGGAACUUCAAGAGGUCCAGUCCAAGACACACCCGAAUCUUAUGCUGAAGAACACAAACUUCCUCCGUGACCUGCUCUUAGCUGGUGAUAGGAAGGGCGCAGUUUCCUCUGCAAUGACUGCAAAUAUGUGGCCGGAAGCCAUGCUUAUCGCUUCAUUUGUUGACAAGGAGAUGUAUAAGCGGGUCUUGCGCACAUACUUGGAUGGGCACUACACCGCAGGUGAUCCAUGCCGUGCUCUUUUCUUGACAUUCGCAGAUCAACAGGAAAAGAGUGUACAGGAGCCAAAGCCUCUUCUACGGACCAGCGUCCACCGGCCGACAGAAUCUCUCAUCCUUUCGAAUUGGGUCUCCCACGCUCAAGUUCUCCUCUCGAACCGUACUGCGGAUACUAAUAAGAUCCUGACAGAACUGGGUGAUCGAUUAUGGAGUGAAGCCAACACAGUUUCGGCGGCACAUAGUUGCUACUUGCUUGCUGGCAUCCAGCUAGGUGCACCCACGCCGAGCUCAAAAAUGGCGUUACUGGGAGGAGAUCACCGGACACCUGCUGAAGCACGAUUCUAUGUCUCGCCUGGUACAGUGCAGUGUACAGAGAUUUAUGAGUGGGCCCAGAAGCAGUCGAAGAAUGUGUCGGCCAAUCUCAUGGUUCCAUUCCAAGGCUACAAAAUUAUUUACGCGAUGCUUCUGGCUGAUCACGGAAAGCUCGGCACGGCGUUCAAGUACGUAACAUCGAUGCUCGCGGUGAUCAAAGCCAUGACGGCAACGAUGAAGCCUGGUACAUCCGUUUAUCUGGAGGGCAUGAAGAAUCAGCUGGUUAUCUUGGAUGACCGGCUGCGCCAACACCUCGGUCAAGACCGUGUAGCUUCGAUGGCAGCAUCGAUCAGCCGUGGUGGGGGAUCGAAGCAAACAGGCAAGUGGGGUCUGGGCAGUGCUUUGAGUAUGAUGGGCAAGAUCGUGAAUCUCGUGGUGGACGGUCCUGAAUCGGAUACUGCAUCUAGCGCGGUACCUAGUACGUCAACAUCUGGAGGUUUUUUCGUGAAUGGAGCUUCUCCACCUGCAGCAAGCUAUCCGAGUAUUCCGUCUGUGAACGCUAUGACUUCGCCACCUACCCCGACACGCCCGCAGCAGUCUUCUCAGCCAAAUCGCCCGCAAGGUUCAUCCGGCUCAACGGUAUCUGCUGGUUUGUAUGGUCACGCCACUCCACCUGUUUCCCAAAAUAGUGCCCCAGGAUCCUCGAAUGGAUAUCAAAGAGCUCACAUGGAACCGCCUGCAGUAGAACCUUCUUCGAGGUCGGGAGUAGCACCGUCACCACAUGCGGUGACCAUCGGGCACCUUGCUCCUACAGGUCCAUCUAAUGGCAAUGAGCGUCAGCAGCAGUCAGUGUCGGAUCCGAUAGUGAAUACCGAUAACCACGGAAACUCAAGGCGAUUCUCGAACAAGGGGCCAGAACUUCAGAAGCAUGGUGUGGCACCGCCUAUGUACUCACAGCAGUCGAUGGAGUCCUCUGAGAACACCUAUAGCACGCGCAGCAACAAUGAUUUCGGCGCUGUGGAUUCUCCUUGUGCCUCCCUACAGCAGCAACCUCCUUUUGUGCUGAAGUCGCACCAAGGCUCUCAUGCACAGCCAGCGUCCCAGAACCGGUCUGCACUGAGCACGUCGGACGACAUUCGUUCCUCUCGUCAGCCCAAGAGACAUCAUGCUGAUCUGGCUCCAGUUUCGUCUACAGGUACUACCAAUAUGAGUGGGCCUGCUAGUGAUAAGGGCAAGGCUGGCCCCAUGCUCGAUGUUGCAAAAACACCAGGGCGGUUCAAAACGCCACCACACAGUAAUAGUGGAAAGGGCUCGGGAUGGCUGUCAGGUUUGUCAUCAUUCAUUGCCACCAAGAUAAAUCCAGAAGCCAAGGUGGCCAAGCUCGGAGAGCAGAUGGAGGCUUAUUUUGACGAGAAUGCGAAGCGUUGGGUGUUUCCUGGCGAGACUGCUACUGAGGAAGCUUCGAUACCUUCCGCGCCACCUACUGGCCCGCUACUAGGGAGUGCUCCUGGAUCUAGUGCCGCAGGCAUGCCACCGACAGGCACAGCCUCUGCCCCUGGCUCGAUAAGCAGUGGUCCCACGCCUGAUGACCCGCUGGCUGCGCUCAUGGCCCCGCCUCCUUCUCGUGUGCUGAUGAAGAAGGACCCGCUGGCUGCCAUGAUGGCACCCCCUGCACGUCCAGGCAUAUAUGGCAUGCACCGGAGCGCUUCUAUGACUCAACGCAAACCCGCCCGCCCGCAGUUUGCGGUGUUCAAGCCUACUGCGGCCACUCCAGACAAGCCCAGCGGAUAA